AACAGAAACUUGGAAGACUGUUAACUUCAAGGGCUGAUCUGGUGGUGUUUGCUGGUGGUGAAGGAAGACCCACGUUUCGUGAUGAAGAUGCGGAUGAACAAGUUGAAAUCAUCGCAGAAGGAUAAAGUUCGUCAGUUUAUGAUCUUCACACAAUCUAGUGAGAAAACUGCAGUAAGUUGUCUUUCUCAAAAUGACUGGAAGUUAGACGUUGCAACAGAUAAUUUUUUUCAAAAUCCAGAACUUUAUAUACGGGAGAGUGUAAAAGGAUCGUUGGACAGGAAGAAGUUAGAACAACUAUACACUAGAUACAAAGACCCUCAAGAUGAAAAUAAAAUUGGAAUAGAUGGUAUACAACAGUUCUGUGAUGAUCUGGCCCUCGAUCCAGCCAGCAUCAGUGUGUUGAUCAUUGCAUGGAAGUUCAGGGCGGCCACACAGUGCGAGUUCUCCAAACAGGAGUUUAUGGAUGGCAUGACAGAGUUAGGAUGUGACAGCAUAGAAAAACUAAAGGCCCAAAUACCCAAGAUGGAACAAGAAUUGAAAGAACCAGGACGAUUUAAGGAUUUUUACCAGUUUACUUUUAAUUUUGCAAAGAAUCCAGGACAAAAAGGAUUAGAUCUAGAAAUGGCCAUUGCUUACUGGAACUUAGUGCUUAAUGGAAGAUUUAAAUUCUUAGACUUAUGGAAUAAAUUUUUGUUGGAGCACCAUAAACGAUCAAUACCAAAAGACACGUGGAAUCUUCUGUUAGACUUCAGUUCAAUGAUUGCAGAUGACAUGUCCAAUUAUGAUGAAGAAGGAGCAUGGCCUGUUCUUAUUGAUGACUUUGUGGAAUUUGCACGCCCUCAAAUUGCUGGGACAAAAAGUACAACAGUGUAGCACUAAAGGAACCUUCUAGAAUGUACAUAGUCUGUACAAUAAAUACAACGGAAAAAUGCACAGUCAAUUUCUGCUGGCUGGACUGAACUGAAGAUCAAUCCUCAUAGUUCAAACUGAGGGUUGAGAUAAGACUCUAAGGAUACAUCUUGGACCAUAUCGUACUCCAUUCUUCUACUGGUGGUUUGGGCUUGUCUUCUAGUCUGGGCCACUCUAAACAUUUAUAAUUCCAACAUUGUGGAUUUCAUCUUAUACCUGUGGACCAUCUUAGUUUGUCUUCCCAUAAGUCAUAGAAGCUUGAUGGUGAUUAUUUUGAGGUUUCCAUUCUUGCAUAAAGCACAAUGCUGUCUUCAUCAGAAAACAGUUUGGCAUAAGAAUUAAACAUAAUAAUGAACACCACAAACAAUUUAUAAAAACUUCUUAAGUAUAUGCUUUGGGCUAGUUGCAAAGACUAUGCUGGUAGCACUUCAAAUGAGAGUGAUUUAUCUGAGUGUACCGCAUCUGGAAAGGUGUUUGAUUGGGGGAAUUUAAUUUUCCUGGCAAACCAUAUGUACUGUUGGUGUGAGUAGAAUACCUGAUAAAAGAAAUGUCAAAAUAACCAACACAUGGAAAAAAAAAAGGAUAAUUUGGUAACUCCCUGAAAUAUGUCUUGUGUCUCAGACUCUCACGAAGGUUCUACAAAACAAGUCUGUGGUUAUCUUACCCAUGUUUAUACACAGUGUCCUACAGUGAACUUUUAUUUAAAAAACAUUGUAAUGAGACCGAAUGUUAGCCUCCACUCUCUGCAUCACACAGCACAUAAUCGGAUUUCAUUAUGCUCUGAAAUGCUUCUAUGCCUUUCGAAUAAGUUAAACUAUUUCAUUUGUUUUGAAUGUUUUGGAUUGCUAUACAAUAUAAUAUUCUAAAUUUAGGCAUGAGGGUUUUAGGUUUGUUUUUUUUUUUUUUAAUUUUUUUGUCAUCACACUAUGGAACACAAUGCAAUUCACUUAAUUUAUAAGAAGAUAGUAAGAUUUAAAUUUUGGAAAUGGUUGUGAUGAGCCGUGAGGUUCAGCCUUCCUCACACAGCAAUGCUCCCUCCAGCAGUUGUCCAGCCAUGCUGCCUGACUGCUGGGUGCUGACUGCUGAAAUGGCUUUACUCCAGGAGCAGAGGUGGUCAGACAAGUGAGCACUGGUGCACAUACCGAUGGUUUCUGUUCUAUAAAUUAUUUGACUUUUGACUGUUUUUGUCUCGCUUGCAUUUGCUAUUUCCACAUCAAAGCAGAAUGCAGUCUUGAUUGUUUGUUUUUGGUUUUGUUUUUUUUUGUUUUCCAUGACAGGAUUCAUGACUUGCUCUCCUGCUGAAAAUGCUUGUUUCUCUGAUAACAUACUGACAUGUGAGGGGGUAUAUUCGUAAAUAUUUCCAUGAGGAAGUUAGAAUGAUGAACUAAAUGUUGGGUGACUGGUCUUCAGUAGGAAUAGAUUUUGCUUCAUGUAUCCAGGUCCUCUGCAGGGUACCAAGGAAUGUUCCUCAGGACGGCAGAACAGUUUAUGCAGAUAUGGAAAUGAUUAAAACUGCUUUUUAGUCACGUGAUUUGGAAAAUGCAUAGAAAGCUUACCUUACAGAUAUAUCAUUAAUCCAAUCAUAACUUUAAUUUAGGAAUGCAUUUCUACCAAAAGAAGCUUAGAGUAAAUUUCUAUUCACGUUACAGGGAUUGGUUAUUAAAAGAAAAAAGAA